AUGAAAAAUGAUUGAGAACAGAUAACCUAAUAUGCUGCUACCUUUACUUGCUAUUUAAAACUAUGCGCGGGGUUUGUGUUUGGACAAUUUAGUGAAAUGUUAGAAGCGGUUCGUUGAAAACGUAUCAAAGAUAUAUUGGUUAUAAUUAGUAACUAAUUUCUUGACUGGUACAAGUGAACUUUAACCAAUCUGUGUUUUAUUUAGUGGCGUAAAUAAGACAGUCGUUUUGGUCUACGCAUGAUAGUUUGGAAGUCAAUAUUACAAUAGGCUUCUAGGCCUAAACCAUAAUUUGGUGUUAGAUACUUGGAAUAAGAAAAUUGUGAUAUAACAUAUAUAAUAAAAAUGAGUGUACAAGACUUCAGUCAACCAAGUACAUCUCAGUCCAACAGAAUGUCUCAAUCACUAAGUGAAACUCCUGUGUCAUCUGAAUAUAUUAAUUUGCUUGAUAAAACAAAUGCUAUAGAUGGGAACCGCUAUACAAAAGAAAAUAUCAAAGAAAUUAACUAUGUCCUGGAAAAAGCUGAUGAUAUUUUGCCUAGAGUGAAGAACACAACAGAAUUAUACUUAGAUGCCCAGAUCCUGCAGUCCACUACAGCAUGUCUGGAGCAAAUGACAAACAACCUGGAUGUAGGCGAGGGCGAUUUCAUGUUGUUCACAUUUGCUGAACAGUUUAAGAUAAAAUCCCUCAACAAUGAGGGUAAGCCUUCAUGGAAAUUUUUGGCUAGGGUGGCCGAGCCAGUUGUUCAAAAUUCACUACCCUCUUGGUCGCCUCUGCUAGGGUCCUUUGAGUUCUCAGUGGAAGUUGAAGCCUCGCAGCAGAGAAAGAUGCGGCAAGCUCAUAAACGGGACAAGGAAACUGAGAAGAAGGAACCACAAAAGGUACACCGAUAA